UAGUGAUAGCAAAAUGAAAAGGAAAGUUGUGAGAACAACAAUAGAGCUUAAAAAAGAAAUAAUUGCAAAGUAUGAUAGAGGUGUUCGUGUGUCUGAUCUGGCUAUGGAGUAUGGCAUGGCGAAAUCAACGAUUAGCACAAUUUUAAAACAUAAAGAGGCCAUCAAAAGUGCUGAUGUUGCUAAGGGUGUGAAGGUGCUCACAAAACAACGACCACAGGCAAUUGAAGAGGUAGAAAAACUGUUGUUGGUUUGGAUAAAUGAAAAACAGUUAGCCGGUGACAGCAUUUCGGAAGCAAUGAUAUGUGAAAAAGCAAAGCGGCUGCAUGCUGACCUCCUGAAAGACACCCCGGGAACAAGUGCUCAAAGUGGUUCAUUUAAGGCUAGUAGGGGGUGGUUUGAUAAAUUUAAGAAAAGAAGUGGCAUUCAUAGUGUAGUGAGGCACGGGGAGGCUGCCAGUUCUAACAAAGUAGCUGCUGAUAAUUUCGUGACAGAGUUUCAGGAAUACAUAGAGGCUGAGGGGUUUGUUCCCCAACAAGUGUUCAAUUGUGAUGAGACAGGCCUUUUCUGGAGGAAAAUGCCAAAGAGGACCUACAUCACACAGGAAAAGAAGUCAUUGUCGGGACACGAGCCAAUGAAGGACAGACUGGCAUUAUUGCUGUGUGGAAAUGCAAGUGGGGACUUCAAAUUGAAGCCUCUACUUGUCUACCGUUCUGAAAACCUACAAGUUUUCAAGAAAAAUGUUGUGAAAAACAAGUUGAAUGUAAUGUGCAGGGCUAACAGUAAAGCUUGGGUAACCAGGCAAUUUUUUAUUGAGUGGAUACAUGAAGUGUUUGCCCCAAGUGUGAAAAAAUAUCUCCGGGAAAAGCAAUUGCCAGUAAGGGCACUUCUUGUAAUGGACAAGGCUCCUGCCCACCCUCCAGGCUUGGAAGCUGAGCUGGUGGAGGAGUACAGCUUCAUCACUGUUAAGUUCUUGCCACCUAACACAACUCCUCUCAUCCAGCCCAUGGACCAGCAGGUCAUUUCUAACUUUAAGAAGCUCUACACAAAGGCACUGUUUCAGAGGUGUUUUGAGGUGACCUCUGGAGCAAAUUUAACCCUCAGGGAGUUCUGGAAGGAACAUUUUAAUAUCCUCACCUGCUUGAGGCUCAUAGACAGAGCAUGGGGGGAAGUGUCUCCCAGGACCAUGCAAUCAGCCUGGAAGAAACUGUGGCCUGAGUCUGCUGCUGGAAGAGAUUUUGAGGGCUUCGAGGACGAGCCUAUGUCUGUUGUGGAGGAUAUUGUGUCUCUGGGCAAAUCCCUGGGCUUGGAGGUGGAUGGUGGUGAUGUGGAGGAGUUGGUGGGGGACCACAGCACUGAGCUGACCACGGAGGAACUCCAAGACUUGCAGAGGGAGCAGCAGCAGACGGCAGCAGAGGUACUGUCUUCAGAGGAGGAGAAGGGAAGGGAGGAUGUUCCUACUUCACUAAUCAAGGGAAUGCUUGGGAAAUGGGGAGAAAUGCAAAGUUUUAUUGAGAAAUACCACCCUGACAAAGAACUAGCAAACCAUGCGAUAAACUUGUUCAAUGACAAUGCAGUGUUUCACUUCAGGCAAGUGUUAAAACGCAGGCAAAAACAAUCACUGGAUAGGUUUUUAGUGAGACGGGGGCCCCGUGAGCCUGAAGCAAGUUCUAGUGGAGCAAAGAGGAGAAAGGGAAAGAACCCCAGAAGAAUAGCUACCUGACGUUUCAUGGAAGGGACAUACAAUAGCAUCCCUCCAAACAGUAGCAUCCCUCCUCUCCAUAUUGUCAUCAGUAGCUCUCAACAUCAAAGAAAAGCUGGCAGCAUAUUGGGUACUAAGUAACCCCAACUCCUGCUCUCAGAACUUGCUACUUGGCUUCCAAUUUCAAGAGUCCAGUUGUGUGGUGGCUGAUUCACUGGCUGCUGAAUUUGACUUCUGAAUUUUGUAGGUGCUAUGGAUUUGCUCCAUCCAACAGGAAGCUGAGGAUUUGCUGAACAAUUUGGUCCCGAGAUGCUGGUGAGGGACUUGUGUGCUUUUACCAUCCUCAGGUGGCUGGCCAGCAGAGCCGUCAGUGCUUCCCAGUUCACUCCAUGGCUCCACCCCCAGCAAGGAGUGAACUCUGAGAUGAACCCAGGGCUCCCGUGGCUGAGGCAGCGAACUGCACUGACCCUGAAACAAAGCCUGUGCUGCUCCCAAAGUGUGCCAGGGUUUAGAGCAUGUUGGAACCCUGCAAGGGUCGCAACGGCAGGGCUCUCCACUCAGGGAACCAACUCUGCUCUAGGUGUUGCAAGUGGUUCUUUACUCUUACCACCCACGUCCUUCCUUUGGUUCAGUAAAAGGUCUAUUGGAGGCUGCUGGUGUCUAGGGACAUUGCUACCAGGGUCUCUUACCCUGCUGGUCAUGGUGCCAGUUGCUGAGCUCUAGGGACCAGCUGUGGGGUCAUGAGUGGCUACUGAGCCUCUAGGUUCUACGUGGGAAGGCAGAGCA